AUGGCGAACCUCAUGCAGAAGUUGCGGCGAAAGCGAAAGUUAUCAUCGGAAUUGCACUCACGAUGGGGCGACGUAUCUAUCACUUACCCCAAUGGUGGCUCUUGGAAUCAGUGGGAUCAGGCGAGCGCGGGCAGCCGCACGUCCAAUGGAGACCACGACAGGCGACAGAACUCUCUUGAGCCCGGUCGUUGCGCCAGCUCGCCACGCAUAGGAUCUUCCGUACUACCAGCCAGCCGAGAUGUGCGGGCACAAUCCGUCGACUCGGCCAUGACUAUCCCCACGGGAUACUACGAUGCACGGGUGGGAAGUCGCUCAAGGAUGAAACAAGACUCGUAUGAAUCGACCUCGGUCCAUCCGCCUAGUGCGUGGUAUCAUUCGUGUUCCGACGAUGGCUCUCUGGAAGAAACUGAUGGAGCGGCCGCUGCACCAUCGCAAGGUGGUAUAUCGACUGGGCGACAUCAGCCCUCGUUCGGGCGGCCCAGUCCAUACGAUGAUGCUGAGCUCUACUCGCGCGCAUCUAAAUCUCCUCCACUGUCAGUGACCUCGCGAAUGCGCGGCGGGUGUAGUACUCAGGGAUGCUUGGUGGAAUCCCCGGUGUCGAUGCCAGGGACGUUCGGAUCGAGACAUAACAGCUACACUUCUUCAGGGCAGUCAAAUCCGUCCCCAGCAGAGGACCCUAGGAUUCCGGGCAUUAUUCCACCAUCGUCAGCACUGGCAGAGCGGCGAGCUAGCCGACGUUCUAAGCAAGAGCUUCCACGAGCCCACGAGUUGGUACCCUCGUACGAUGAACUAUAUGGAUAG